AUGGUUGCGCCUUGUCCAACUUCCAUGAUGGUAAGAACCAAGAAAACUAAGGGUAUGGGAAUUCCGACGAUCGACCUUUCGUUGGAAAGGUCGAAGCUGUCGGAACUAGUGGUGAAAGCAUGUGAGGAAUAUGGUUUCUUCAAGGUGGUGAACCACAGUGUGCCAAAGGAGGUAAUUUCAAGAUUGGAAGAGGAGGGAACGGAGUUCUUCUCCAAAACUUCCUCUGAAAAGAGUCAAGCAGGCCCUGCCAAUCCUUUUGGAUAUGGCUGCAGAAAUAUUGGCCCCAAUGGCGAUAUGGGUCACCUCGAGUAUCUCCUCCUUCACACCAAUCCUCUUUCCAUAUCUGAGAGAUCAAAAACCAUAGCCAACGACCCUACCAAGUUCAGUUGCGCCGUGAAUGAUUAUAUAGAAGCGGCUAAAGGACUAACAUGUGAGAUUCUUGAUCUUGUGGCGGAGGGUUUGUGGGUCCAAGACAAGUUCUCUCUCAGCAACCUCAUCAGAGACGUCCACAGCGACUCACUCCUCAGGAUCAAUCAGUACCCUCCCGUGGCAUUAAAGGGCAACAAGAAUUGGGACACGUCCAAACUUGAGGCACAUCAACUUCAGAACCAAAAUAAUAAUAAUAACAACAACAACAACAACAUUGGCUUUGGAGAGCAUUCUGACCCUCAGAUCUUGACCAUCAUGCGAUCCAACAACGUGGAUGGCCUUCAGAUUUCCACCCACGAUGGGUUGUGGAUCCCUGUCCCCCCUGACCCCAAUGAGUUCUUCGUUAUGGUUGGUGAUGCCCUGCAGGUUUUGACAAAUGGAAGGUUUGUAAGCGUGAGACACAGAGUAUUGACCAACACAACAAAGGCCAGAAUGUCAAUGAUGUACUUUGCAGCACCACCGCUAAAUUGGUGGAUCACUCCACUGCCGAAGAUGGUGACACCCCACAAUCCAAGUCAGUAUAAGCCCUUCACGUGGGCCCAAUACAAGCAAGCAGCAUACUCUCUACGAUUGGGAGACACUCGACUUGAUCUCUUCAAGAUCCAACGACAACAAGAUACCCCUCUCGCAUCUGCUUCUCCCUGA